CCUGCAGGAAGGGAUAGAAAGACCAGGGUUGGAGCUGCUUUGUUCUUGUAUAGCCUUUUUUUUCUUAGAAGAUUUUUGCCUUUUCUUUUUUCUCUUGGGUUGGCAAUGCAGACAUUGUAUGUUUUCAGCAGGCCUGCCAGGCCAUGGGCUUGUGUUGUUUCUCUAUGACUGACUGCAGAAGAAGAGAUCUAAAAUUGUUUAUGAGUGGGAGAAGCAAAACAGACAGUGGGUUUGGUGGGGAAAAUGUGGCUGAGGCCCAGACCUUGCUGAAAGAACGCUUGUUUUUAAGUAAGUUUAUCAAAUUUCAAGGUUUCUUCUGUGAAAAAGACUCGACAUUGUGGCCACAGAAAGGCUGAAAAUAGGUAGAGAAAGUUGAAUUUCUUGUGAAGCACAAAACUUGAAGGAGUUAAGGUGGAUCUGGAAGAGGACACACAAAAAGGAACUAUGCAGCAAGAACAGAGAAGAAAGAACCCUACGGAGGCGGAAUUUUUCACUGAAUAUGGUGAAGCUAGUCGCUACAAGGUCCAGGAGGUUAUAGGUAAAGGGAGCUAUGGUGUUGUUUGCUCUGCAAUUGAUACUCAUACUGGAGAAAAAGUUGCAAUCAAGAAGAUAAAUGACAUUUUUGAACAUAUAUCUGAUGCAACUCGGAUCUUACGUGAAAUUAAUCUUUUGAGACUUCUGCGUCAUCCUGAUAUUGUUGAAAUCAAGCAUAUUAUGUUGCCACCAUCAAGGCGAGAAUUCAAAGAUAUUUAUGUUGUUUUUGAACAUAUGGAGUCAGAUCUACACCAGGUUAUAAAGGCAAAUGAUGACCUGACCCCAGAACAUUAUCCAUUUUUUUUGUACCAGCUUCUUCGAGCUUUAAAAUACAUGCAUACAGCAAAUGUUUACCAUCGGGAUUUGAAACCGAAGAAUGUUUUGGCUAAUGCUGAUUGCAAGCUAAAAAUAUGUGACUUUGGCUUGGCAAGGGUUGCCUUCAAUGACAUGCCUACUACAAUCUUCUGGACGGAUUAUGUUGCUACACGAUGGUAUAGGGCUCCAGAGCUAUGUGGAUCUUUUUUCUCCAAGGUAUUUGCUACUUUGUCUGCGCUCUGCCCAUAUUCCUCAAUUAAUAUUUUACUUAUUUAA